AUGGCGAACGAAGGUCACGAGCAUGACUAUGACGAGUCCUUUGCCGAGGACGAGUCCUCGCUGAUCUCGACACGGAGCCUCGAGACCUUUGGCCGAAAAGUCACCACCACCGCGAGCCACCUCAUGGGGCCCGGCUCCGCCGACCCCACCCGCGUCGACCACUACCACAAUGCCAUGGCUGCCGUGCACAAGCAGCUCCAGCAGCCCCAGGUCCAGCGCGGCAUCUUCUCCAUGGCCCGCACCGCCCCGACCGAGCUCGUGCGCUCCAAGCUGUCCCGCAACGAGAUCCAGCACCGCGCCCUCGCCGCCCUGUCCGACGACAUGCUGGCCAACGUCCCCUACGUCGAGAACUCGUACUCCCUCUUCCAGGGCUUCCAAGCCACCUUCCCCGACAUGACGGACGACGGCAAGAAGCACAGGCGCCGCGUCUCCCGCGGCCGCAAGCUCCUCGACGACGUCGAGCACAUUGACGCCUCCCCGAGAACCUGCGAGAUCCGCGACAUUGAUAACAAGGUGGCCAACUUGACGGGCAUGAGGAGGACGGUGCUCGACAGGCUGGCUAACCUCGAGCAGGACGAGGCCGUCUUGGAGCAAGACAUUGUCGACCUAGAAGCUCGUCUCGAAGAGGCACAAGCCCUCGCCAAAGAAAACCAGCCUCCCGAACCGCAGCCCCUAGACGAUGACGACGGCUUGAUAAUAGAUGCCGAGGACGUCGGCUUCAUGACACAGUCCAUCUACGAAAAGAUACCCUCCAACCAAUCCACGCCCACACGACCCACCAACCUCAAAUCCGUCCGUCGCAAAUCCAUGCCCAUACUCCACGAGCACCACGAGGCUGGCAGCUGCAUCCGCGAGAUCCGCGCCCACCAGGACACCGUCCUCGCCAUCGACUUCGACGCGCCCUUUGGCACCAUGGUCUCUUCCGCCAUGGACGACACGGUGCGUGUGUGGGACCUGAACGCCGGCCGCUGCAUCGGCAUGCUCGAGGGCCACACCGCCUCGGUCCGCACCCUCCAGGUCGAGGAUACCCUGCUCGCCACCGGGUCCGUCGACGCCACCAUUCGUCUGUGGGACCUGAGCAAGGCCCACUACGACCCUUAUGGCAGCGGGUUCGGCGGCGGUGACGACGAAGACGAAGACGACGGCAUCGCUUUUGCCCACCCCGACGACCAGCCCGCCCAUCUCGACGAGGUGACGACGCUGCACUUCCGCGGCGACACCCUCGUGUCGGGUUCCUCGGACAAGACGCUGCGCCAGUGGGAUCUCAACAAGGGCCGCUGCGUCCAGACCCUCGACGUCAUGUGGGCCGCCGCCCAGGCCUCGGCUGGCCUCGGCACCACCGACGGCAACUGGCGCAACACCUCGCGCGGGUCCAACGGGUCCGCCCACUUUGUCGGCGCCGUCCAGGUGUUUGACGCUGCGCUCGCGUGCGGCACGGCGGAUGGCAUGGUCCGGUUGUGGGAUCUCCGGAGCGGUCAGGUGCACAGGAGUCUGGUUGGGCAUACGGGACCCGUUACGUGCUUGCAGUUUGACGACGUUCACCUCGUCACGGGCAGCAUGGAUCGUAGCAUUCGGAUUUGGGAUCUCCGCACGGGUGUCAUCCACGACGCCUACGCGUACGACAGCCCCGUCACGAGCCUCAUGUUUGACGCCCGCCGCAUCGCCAGCGCCGCGGGCGAGGAUGUGGUCAAGAUCUACGACAAGGUCGAGGGCCGGCAGUGGGAUUGCGGCGCGGGCAUCGCCUUUGCCGAGGAGCAGCGCAAGACAUCCAUUGUCGAGCGGGUUAGGCUACGAGAUGGGUAUCUCGUCGAGGGUAGGCAAGAUGGCAUGAUUGGCGUGUGGUCAUGCUAA